AUGACGGAAAAUCAAUCUUCGAUGACUGGUCUGGAGGAACCGGACCAGCUGAUGACUCGGCAUGCCCGUGUCUCGGGAGACUUCAAGCGGGAUCCCACCGGGUCCGAUGAUACCUCCCAACCCACCAUGUCUGUACGAAACGACCAGGCUGACCUCCGGAAUACCAUCACCGCGACUACGACCACGAAACAGGCUCCGAAACCGUCUGCCGCAGCCGAAAUCGCCGAGGCCCAGGCGACUCUCCGUCAAGCGUUUCCUCACGUCUAUUCGUCGCGCACCCCCUCGACUCGCUCCUCCUCAAGUUCAUUACAAGCGCUGAAUGAGGAUAUCGUGGUCGAUGCCCGGUCGGAGCUCGGUAACCUGGGACGCAGUCCCCGGAGGUCCUCUCGUCACUCCGACCAGACGCCGGAGUAUCCUGUCUAUCCCGACCAAUCCUAUGCCUCUCUUCAGUCCCAAAUUCAUCCCACCUGGCAACCGCCGCACCUCCGGUCCCGCAGCUCCUACCCCUCUCAGGUUGAUUCAUCAGUACCUCGAUUCCCUCGCGUCUCCCGAACAGCCGGCAACACCCCCGUCUCGAGCCCAGGGCUCUUCUCUAUGCGGAGCCCUCGCACUACCCCGCCGCUAGGAUCCGAUGAUGAAGGUUGGAUUGGGAGCCCUUAUCUGCACCCAUCACACCUGCAACCACCCAAAGAGACCCAUACCGCCGAAGUCGACCGGGACUUGGUCACCGGAAACAAGCUGAUCAACCAGUACGAGAUCCUCGAGGAACUGGGACGGGGAGAACAUGGCAAGGUCAAGCUAGGCCGACACGUCAGCACCAAGCAAAAGGUGGCCAUUAAAAUUGUUCAGCGAUACUCAAAACGUCGACGAUUAGGCAAGUUGGGUAACCCGGAAGACAAGGUGAAGAAGGAGGUCGCUAUUUUGAAAAAGGCACGGCAUCCGAACGUGGUCAGUCUGCUGGAGGUCAUCGAUGACCCGAACCGGCAGAAGGUCUACAUAGUGUUGGAGUAUGUCGAAAACGGCGAGAUUGUCUGGCGGAAAAAGGGACUUCGAGAAAUUGUCCACGUCGACCGGUUGCGACUGGAACGAGAGAAGUCCGGAAUCCCAGAUACCCCAGCCUUUUUGGAGGAGAGCAACCAGUUUAUACGGACGGCUCAACAUUUGCGUCGACAACGGGAGAAGGCACGGGAACGGAUUGAAGCGCAGGCCGCAGAUGCCCAACAAGGCCCGAUUCCCGCCUGGAGUCUGGAGCACGGUGCCGAUACAUCGGAUGAAGAGGAGGAGGAAGAAGGGGGGGGGACUGGGGCUGACCAUUCGGCGAACAUCCACACGUUCAACUGCGAGGGCAGCAUGUAUGGUGCCUACACAGACUACCCUUUCGAACGGCGUUUCAGUACGGCGUCAAGCAGCUUUGGCUAUGCCCCCUCCGAACCCGAGUGGUCUGCAGAUGGGGAUGACACGUCGUAUGUGCCAUGUUUAACCAUCACUGAAGCCCGGAACGCUUUUCGGGACUCUGUUCUGGGGUUAGAGUAUCUCCACUACCAGGGUAUUAUCCAUCGCGAUAUCAAACCCGCCAACCUCCUGGUCACUAGCAGCCACCGGGUCAAGAUCUCCGAUUUUGGUGUGUCAUACUUGGGCCGACCCAUGCGGGAUGAGGAGGAGGAGCAGGUUGACGAGGCCAAUGCCGCCGAGUUGGACGAUGCCCGUGAACUGUCCAAGACUGUUGGAACUCCUGCCUUCUACGCCCCCGAGCUUUGCUACACUGGGGAUGAUUUUGAAGAUAAUAUUGGGAGCAUCCCUAAAGUCACCGGCGCUAUUGAUGUCUGGUCUUUGGGUGUCACCUUGUAUGGAAUGAUUUUUGGUCGCCUCCCCUUCGUCUCCGAUGAUGAGUACAGCAUGUUUCAAACGAUCGUGAAAAAAGAGGUCUUUGUCCCUCGCAAACGCCUUGUGCCUGUCAAGGACGACUCGAUCUCAAUCUCCAGCCAGCGGAAUUGCCGCAAUACUGAUGAGCUGAUAUACGAGGAAAUCGAUGACGAGCUAUAUGAUCUGCUGCGCCGCCUGUUGACCAAGGAUCCGAUCAAGCGAAUCACAUUGAAAGAGAUCAAGCACCAUCCUUGGACUCUGUACGGCCUGCCCAACCCCCAGGCCUGGGUGGAAGAGACCGAUCCGGGCUACCAGAGCAAGGGCAAGAGGAUUGAGGUCUCAAACGAAGAGGUCACCAGCGCUGUCAGCAAGGUGCCCUUCAUCCAGCGUGUUCGCUCGAAUGUGGCGAAGUGGUUUUCUGGCCGGUCUAAGGACAAGGAACCUCGCAAGCGUAACUCGAACAAUUCGUCAGAUACCUUGUCAUCCGCUUCGAGUAUCAGUACCUUUGGAAAGAAUUCACGUGAUAGCCGUCGAUCGAGUCUACGAGGCGACGAGGAGAUCUUCCGAUCCUAUAAGUUCGGGACGCAAGGCGAACAUCCGCUGGCCCAAAGUGUCACCGCAAGCCCCGUGGACGAGGAAAGCUGGGCAUCUUACUUCGAGAAUGCAAUCCUGCCAGAUAGCAAGUUGACAGUGGCCCCAGCUCCAGCGCCAGCUCCAGUGCCGACUGUGACACCCAGGCCGGCACCUCCUCGGCGUGCUAAGUCUUCCAUGUCCACCGCUGAGUCCACCAAGACGGUCACGCAGUCUAACCUCGAGUCACGCCCACGGACUGGCACACCUUCCAUUAUCGAAGCUCUUGGAUCCACCAAUUUUGGAAGCUUGCUCUCAGGCGCUAGUCGACGAGUGUUCACUUCGAGUCGCAGUAGGCGUAACUCUCUUGCCGGAGAAACAGCCUCUUUGGAUGGAGAGCGUCAUUCCGAACCCAGCCUUGCCGUAAGCAAUGCUUCUGCUGUUGGCCAAGUGCGAUCGACAGGCCUUUGGAACGCCGAAAUUCCCUCUCCCGUAGCGGCUUCCCCACUCUCCGCCCACCGACGAAAUCGAUCCCAGCAGCUCACAUGCAAGUCUUCUGCGGAAUCGUUCUAUCUCACUAAAGAGGCCCUUCAACGUCGACGGCGGAGUGACUUCGAGCCGGGUGCGGACGACGGUCUGGCCCCAAGGGUGGAUUACGCCAUGUACUCAACUGAUUCCCUUGCACUGCCUUCAGUGGCUCCGCAGGCGGACCCUGGAUGUACUAUCGACCAGCCAAGUAAUGGCCUGACCAACUCUACGCCUUCUGCAGCGACCAUGUCCUCUUCGUCUGCCGAUGACUUCACCAGCGGCAUGUCUCAGAGUGCGUCUCACCCCAGCAUACCGUCCGUGGUUUCAGGUGCCUCGUCUCUUUCUGGCGAUGGGCUAUACCUUCAAUCUAAAGAUAAAGACUCGGACGACUCGACCUCGGUGCCGUCUAUCCUCCGUACCGGCGAGACCGUGAAAGCCCGGCGCCCCGGCUCGCCUCGUCCGUCCGAGGAGGACGAGUCACGGUACUACUGUGAUGACGAGGACGAGGACGAGUCUGAAGACGAGGGGCUCGUGAUUGGCAAAAAGAAGCCGGCCCCUAAGCCAGCCACUAAACCACCCGUCCAUCCAUAA